AUGGGUUCAAUGCUAGCCGCAACUCGAGAUCGCUCCGAACUUCAACUCCGAUCUCCUAAUUUCCAAUUGCCUGGAAAUAGAUGGGUCAAAAAUUCUAAACGCAAGGAAACUUUGAGGAAGUCGAGCAAGUCGGUGUUUGUCCAUCACUAUGUCAAUGCCCUGAAACAGGAAAAAAACAAAUUUUGGAGACCUUGGGUAAGAAUUGGGGAGGAAUUUAUAUUAUAGUAGGCGUUAUAGUAGGUUCACAGUAAUAAAAACAUUUAAAAAAGCCAAUAAACUGUCAUGUAGGAGAUCUUCCGGAUCUCUACGAAACGAUCGUUCUUUGAGUUCACAAGUCGAUCGUACGAUCGACUUGUGAACUCAAAGUUUUUUAUUUUGCGAAUACCGUAAAUUCCGCAGCCUGCGAAAUGGCGGGCGCAGGUUGCCACCUGGAUUUAUUCGAUUUAUCGACCGAUUUUUAUUCCAAUUGGUGAAAAUGCUGCAAUUGCAUUAGUACAGUUUCCUGGAGAGAGUAGACGAAGAUUUUGAACUUGUCCUAACACCAGACGUCCGACUGUAAUAUUAAUUACCUUGUUUUAGCUGAUCAACCGCUCAUUCUUAUCAGCUUUCACUGAAUCCGAGGCCAGUUCACUGUUCAUUCGUCUUCAUUCAACUUCGUUUGAAAUCUCCAAUGGAUUCAAGUCUCUGUCAGUGCUGCAGUUCCGUUCUGGUGAUCUGCAACGUCUCGAGAAUUAUUUAUCUUUCUUCUCGCCCAACCAGAAUGUCGAUUUCGAAUUUGAUGGAUUUCUGAUGGAUCCAAUGGUAGCCAAACAAUGUGGGAAUGUUGUGAAAGGUAACAAUAGCCCGUUAAUAUAUAUGCUUUGUGUUUUUAGAGUUCUUCGCCUUGGUGCCAACAGAGAAAUUUAUUCAUCUGAACAUCCACGGAACUCUUCAAGGAUACGAUCCUGAUACUCAUUCCCGGUUGUCGAAAGCGUUCCUUGACGGACUAAGAGGUAAUACGGAUCUUAUGAACAGGAUUGAUUUGUCGUGUGACAGUCGUUGUCUUCAACAUUUGUCUGACAUUUCGGUUCACAAGCUGAGAGUCGAAGAUUAUGGAGAAGAAGCGAAUUGUAAGUUCGUAUCGUUUAUUGUCUGGAAUAAUGGUCUUUUCUUCAGAUUGUAACAUUUUCCGUUCUCUGAAGGCCGAAAUUAUCAGCAUUCCGAACUUUCCACUUGAUAUUUUUGAGGAUAUUAGGUCAGUGUUAUCUAAAAUGUGUAUUUUGUGUUUUUAGUCAUGAACCGAACGAAGACGUCAAGGAGAUUGUUUGUCAGUUAACCACUGGACAUGACAAGGAGUAUUACGAGACAUUGUUAAUCACUCUGUCGGCCGCUUUUCCACGUCUUUGUGAAUUCAAAUUGGAAGCGACUUUCUCAACUGUUGAUGUAGGUAUUGUAUUCAUUUUUUUCAUGUUUUAGAAUCCGGAUCACUUUGAAAUCCUCGAGGAGAUGGCCACCGAUUGUGAGAUAUUGUCCACUCUGGAGGCCACUUUCCGAAUUAUGGGGAAUAUCCGAUUCUAUUACAGCGAUAAACAUGUAAGUCUACUUUUGCAUGUUUUUUAUGGUUUAGGAAUGCAAGAACUAUGAUAUCCUGAACAAACACGGCUUUGACAAGCGUCGGAAGGGAAGAAGCGAGUAUAUGAUCUGCACUGGCAGUAAUGUCUUCAAAUUGAGCAUGUGGAAUAUGGUGUAA